CUGCCCUGUCUCUCGUGCCAUCAUAAGCUCUUUUGAUCAUCAUAUGCUUUCACUCAGCCACUGGAAUACAAGGUAUGCAGUUGCUUUUACCAAGAUGGGUGUGUGUAGAAAGUGCAGGUGUGUUUUCAGUGACGUUUAAUCCUAAACACAAAAGAGAAAGAGAAAGAUUUCCAGCUGGCAAUCGACUCUCAUUGGAUAGUUUUGGAGGUUGAUUUGCAUAUAGUGGGAGUGUCCUAACCCUGCACUGGGAUGAAUGACUUGUUGAAGUCACACAGAAACAAGGCAGAGCACUCAGCAGAGGUCUGCGCUGUUCAAAACUCAAAAUGCUAGGAUUACUAGUGCUGAAGCUGCUCCUGCUAUAGGUGGAAGGCAUUGGAAUAGGACAAAAACAUGUUCAACGGCAAAGGCUCUGGUCAUAGCAAAAGAGGGAGAACAUGGGGAUUCUGCAUCCUUCUGCUGUUUACCACCCCCCUCAGCUGCUUUGCAAAUUUCAGGCAAGCAAAGGAGCUCAUCUAUAAAAUAAAAGAGGGAUUACCCAAGGGGACUUUCAUAGGGGCUAUUGGACGAGAUUUAAAUUUGAAUUUCACUGUUGAGCCCCCUUUUUCCUUCAAUCUCCCGCAGAAGAAGGUCAGCGAUCAGUAUGUGAAACUAAACAAUUCCACCGGGGAACUUUACACAUCUGCCACAGAGAUCGACAGGGAAACCCUCUGUCCAGAUAACUCUGUGAGGUGGGGUUGUGACCUCUCCCUGGAUGUGAUCGUCCUGCCUCAGCAGUAUUUCCAGCUCAUUAAAAUUAAGAUCUUGAUUGAGGACGUGAAUGACAACAGGCCAAAGUUCCCCACUGAUGAGAUCUCCAUGUUUAUCCCAGAAAACUCUCCAGUCAAUGCUCGUUACACAGUGGAGCAGUCUGCGGUCGACCCAGACUUGGGCACUUAUGGAGUGCAGACCUACUGGCUGGUUAACGACUUUGGCUUGUUUACGCUGGAUGUUGAGGAGAACGAAGGGGGUGAACUGACACCAUUUCUCAUUGUGGUAGAAGAGCUGGACAGAGAGGUUCAGGAUGAGUACAUCACAGAUAUCAUCGCAGAGGAUGGUGGAACGCCUCCCUUACUCGGUGCAGCUACUUUAAAGAUUAUUAUCACAGAUGUGAAUGAUAACUGCCCUCAAUUCACUGAGUCACAAAUUAAUGUCACCCUCCAUGGAAAUUCUACUAAAGGGGUGCAUUUGGCGCGUCUGCAUGCUUUUGACCCCGAUCUCGGUUCUAAUGCCCUAAUCAGCUACACUUACAGCGAGCGCGUACCAAGGACCACUAGGACCUUGUUUCAUUUAGACAAAACCACUGGGCUAAUCAAGCUUGCUGGGAAAAUAGACUCUGGCACACAUACUUUUUACAAACUCACCGUUCUGGCAAAUGGACCUGGGUGUAUCCCUGCAGUUGCAACUGUUACUGUCCAUGUCAUCAAAGUCCUUACUGGACCCCCUGCUGUAAUAUCUCGUUACAUUGCACCAGAAAAGGACGGAGUUGUGACACUGAAGGAGUCCGAGCCUGCUUUUUCUCCCAUUGCUUUUUUCACAGUAAAAAACAUGGAUCUAAACCAAAAGGUGGACUGCCAUUUGGAAGGAUUUGGACCCUUCAGGAUUGUUCCUUAUCAGCUGCUCAAGAACGAGUAUCUACUGGAAACUACAGAGCCUCUGGACUAUGAGAAAACACAGGAUUACGAGCUGAUUGUGGUUGCUAACAACACACAUGGCGUGGUCAUAAAGACCUUUCUGAAGGUGCAGAUUUUGGAUGAGAAUGACAAUGCACCAGUGUUUCAGCAGGCGCUAGUGGAAAUAUCGAUUGAGGAAAACAAUCUCCCCAACAGUUUUUUAACCCAGCUCCAAGCCACAGACCAGGACAGUGGAAGUAGAGGGCAAGUUAUAUAUCUUCUUGGUGGGGAUGCUCCAGGAGUUUUUGUUGUGGAUCAAGUGACAGGCGUCCUGACAGUGGCUACGUCGCUUGAUCGUGAAGAAAAGGAGAAAUAUCGUUUUAUAGUAAGAGCAAUAGAUCAUGGAACACCCCGAAGGGAGUCAAUUGCCACGGUUGUGGUGACUGUGUUGGACCGCAAUGACAACAGUCCACGUUUUAUCAAUAAGGACUUCACAUUUUUUGUUCCUGAGAACUUUCCAGGAUACGGUGAGAUUGGGGUUCUUUCUGUGACAGAUGCUGAUGCUGCAGAAAAUGGCUGGGUAGCUUUGUCCAUACUUAAUGGCAGUGAUAUUUUCAUGAUCGACACUGGCCGAGGGGCUCUAAGAGCAAAGACAUCCCUGGACCGUGAGCAGCAAGGGACAUACCAGUUGUGGAUUGAGGCUGUCGACGGAGGGAAGCCUGCACUCUCCUCUGUCACUAUGGUAACUGUUCUGUUGUUAGAUGUGAAUGACAAUCCACCAGUUGUCCUCUUCCCUCAAUCCAAUCAGUCUUACAUGCUCGUGCUGCCCAACACUGAACCAGGCACAUCAAUCACAGAGGUGUACGCUGUGGAUAAGGACACCGGCAUGAACGCAGUGAUCGCCUACAGCAUCAUUAAAAGGAAAGGUGGUGAGCCAGGGUCAUUUGCUAUUGACCCUGAAACUGGAAAUAUAACUUUACAGAGGGAGCUCAGCAUCAGAGGUCUUUACAGCCUUCUGGUUAAGGUCAGCGAUCAUGGCCAGCCUGAACCUCUCUAUUCUACAGUCAUGGUCAACUUCUUCGUAAAUGAAACUGUGUGCAAUGAGAGUUAUGUUCAAAGUUUGCUGACCAGAGAGGCUGACAUAGAAGUGGAAGAAAAGCCUUGGUAUAUUGGCCAGAUGACAGACGGACCAGAGAGGUAUGAGCUGUUCCCGUGUCGACCUGUCCUCAUCGCCCUCUCAGUGACUUGUUUGGGCCUGUUUUCUUUGGUUGUCACUCUGCUGACAUACAUGUGCUACAAGAAGUUUAAAAAGAUCAGGAAAAAAGGAAGUGAAGUGGAAAUACCUUUGAAAACUAAAAAUGACUCAGCAAAAACUAUCAACAGAAAGCUCAGGCAGGUCUCAAACAUCUGAUAUUCAGUUGUUCAUUUAUCCAAAAAAUAAAAUAUAACACUAAUGUUUACAUGAAUGUUUACAAAACCAGCGAAAGAACAUCAUUUCUACACAAAGUGUCUCUUUUUUCAUUUACGAUGUGAAUAUUAUAGCAGCAAAUAUACCAGUGAUGUGGCACUGCCGUCGAAAAAGACAUACCGGCCCAUUCUUUUGUUUAGAUUUUAUACUAUUUAUAAAUUAUGGUACUUGGUUCAGAUAUGAUGUCAUAAUUAUUGCAAUAAUGAAAAAUUUCAUAAUGAAAGAGAAAUUAUACAAUGCAAUAAAGGCAAUUUAAUUAUGGUAAUUAAGGUCCUAUGUAAAUACUGUAAAAAUUGUGCUAUGUGCAAUACAACUGCAUACAGUUUUAUUGCACACAUUUGCAUUGGCAUGAAUAUGAUAAUAAAACUUCAAAAAUUGGAUUAAAAAAUUCGUAAUAGGAUCUUUUUAAGAUGACAUAUAGAUGAAGAUUGUGGAAAUGCUUUCCAUUUUGAAACUUCUAAAAUGUAUGUUGUUUUUUUUUUUAGUUUUCCUAUUAAGCUUAUAAUGAAAGCAUGCAUUCCAAUUGGGUAUAGUGCAUAAAAUGCCUAACAUACCACAAUGCUCUGACAACACAUUUUAAAAGGUGAGCUUGACGAGUUUAUUGGAAUUCAAAGUCAGAGUAAAAACAAAACUACACUGCAUUUUUUCUUCUGUUUUGCGUUUCGUAUUUGUUUGUCCCCUCGUGAUGUAAAGAGCCGUUUGAAAUUUUCACAUUACCAACAAAUGGGGAACAUUCUAGACUGAUUAAACGUCAUCUCAAUACAGCAAAGCGUAGUACAUGUUUAUCAGGAUGAGGAAAAAAAUGUCGACUUAUUGUCACAAUUCUGCUUUGAGCUACAAACAUCACCGUCAUAUUUUUUUAUCCUGCUACUGUCUCUGUGAAAACUGCAAGUGUUUGUGAAUGAAAAUCAGAGUAACUAUUAAAGAUUAUUUAUUUUUGUAAUACACUGGAUCUGAUUCUAUUUCCAUGUUGUUUGUUUUUGUGUGCAAGGAAAAAAAGGUUUGUCAUAAGAAAAGGGUUAAGGCGAAAAUAUUUCACCCAUUAGGCUCAAAUUACUCAGCAGGUUGUUUGAUGUGCAGACUUGCAGGCAACAGCUCAGUUUAAUUUACUGACCUGGUGUUGCCUGAGGUUUCCUCAUGAGGAUGGAAGCUUAUGCAGUGGAUUACAAUAAAUCCACAAACACAGAAAGCUUAUCAUCGUUUGCUUGAAUUAAAGGGAUACGUGUAAAUUGCUUCUGAUCAGAGCUGGAUCUUGCAAGACAAAUGUGCGCACCAGCCAAGAUGUCAGGGACAGGAAACAGUUAAAGAUCAGCACCCAGAGGUUUUUUUUUUCUUUUUUUUGUUUCUGUUGUCAUCAACUGUAGUUCAUAGAUGACGAAGUAACACCUUGAGUAACACCUCCCUGAAAAAAAAACACUUUCCUUUGUUAUUCCUGUCUUGAAGGUAAAAUCAACGUCUCACAGCUUAACCUGCAUGAAGUCACUGAAUUUCCAUUUCCACUUCAAAAAAGUUAAAAGUCACACAGGAAAUUAUGAACAUGUUUUUUGUCACAUAUUCUUUAUGAAGGUGCUGUUUCUGUGGUACUGACUCAACAGCCUUUUCGCACACUCUGUUCUUUUCAAUUUGGCAUGCACACUCCCAGGUGAGGAACUCUGUUGUAUCAAGAACUACAGAAACCAGUCUGGGUUUGGCUUUCUUACAAAAUGGCAAACAUGCUAACAAACCGGUGCUUACAAUGUUUGCAUGUACAGCUUCUUGAUCUAUUCACCUCUUUUUAGGAUGGAAACAUGUCAUGCAUGCACAUCAGGAGCCACCAGCUCUGCCUAAUCCUUCCUAAUCACCUCUGACUAAACUCUGCAUUACACAAAUAGGCUGAAAGAUGAUAUAGUACCACCACAUAAUGGAUGUGCACACAUUCAUUUAGGUUAAUAAUGCUUUUUUUUCCGUGAAAAGAACAUAACCUAGAAAACCAAAUUCAUCCUGCAUCAACCUGCAAAAACAAGCUGAACUGGCAUUUUAAGUUUUGUUUUCUUAAAGUUAAGGCUAGGUUAUUGCAAAGGAAAGCAUCUUGACUUCUCAGGUUUGGAAUGUUAAAAACACAAACAUGUCCGAGCACAUAGUGCCUUAAAACAGUAACAAAAUCAAGAGAAAACAAAAUAGCUAAGUUGCUGUUCAGCCACAAUGUUUUUUGAUAGCACCUUUUAUUCAUUUGUUAAAGCACCACGCCACAAAAAAGAGUCCUCAAUUGGUCAAGCAUAAUGCAACCAAAUCUGCCUUUGUAAAUCAGGUGUUAAAUGUCCCAAUCAAACAUUUGAAUCCCAAUCUGUACCCAAGUAAUGCCGUGGUACUGCAUUCUGUAGCAGACUUUGGGAACAGCUUGCAGCCAAGUGACACAUGAUUUAGCAUGGUGUCUGGACAAUUUUAGAUUUGCUUCCUACUCUGCGCAAACAUUUACAGCUUGUGAUUAAUUGUAGUAAUAACAAAAGAGGUCUCGUUUCACAGUGUCUCAUUUCCUUUUACUUCCUUUGACUUUUUUUAAUUAGUCAUUUUUCCUCAGUGUGUUGGGGCAGGAAAUGGUCGUGCAAGACCUUUGGCUCUAUUCUGGCUCUAGUGCGCAAAAGCAAACACUGGUUCUUGUUAAUAAAUGAUAAUGUUUGAUGGUGACAUUGUGUCUCACAAAAUAAAAAGCUGAGAUUUUUCUGUCA